CCCGGCCCCUGCCACUUAUUGUCGCUCACUGCUAUGUGCUUCAGCUCCGCAUUAAUUUGGGAAGAAUCUCCAUGCUCUCGUGUGCCUACAGUCCUUGACUGUAAAUCAUUACAUAUUGAUCUGCCGAGACACGGCUACUCACACUGGUAUUCUGCAAAGCUUUGGGGGGUCUGUCCCUGGAAACAUAAAGGUGGGAUUCUAAAAUGACCCUGUUCCUCAAAAGAAUCAGAAAAGCACAAUAAAUAAGAGGAUGGAAGCUGGGAAAUUAUCCGGAGCACUGAAUUUAACCCACAGUGGUCGCUGACCUGUCUCUUCAACCUGAAUAGCAACCCGUACAGCUGGGCACCAUGGCCAGGAACACGGCGCUGUACUUUAGGCUAGUGGAAGGCAAGAAUCUACCUGCUAAAGACGUGUCGGGCACCAGUGAUCCAUACUGCAUUGUCAAAGUGGAUAAUGAAGUUGUGGCACGCACAGCCACCGUCUGGAGGGACCUCAAUCCAUUUUGGGGAGAGGAGUUUACCCUGCACCUUCCUCUAGGCUUCCAUACCCUAUCAUUUUAUGUGAUGGACGAAGACACAAUAGGACAUGAUGACGUGAUUGGCAAGAUUUCACUCACCAAGGAAUUCAUUGCGUCACACCCCAGAGGAAUAGACAGCUGGGUUAACCUGGGCCGUGUGGAUCCAGAUGAAGAAGUCCAAGGGGAGAUUUAUUUGGAGUUGCAUAUAAUGCAGGACCAGUACAGAAGCACAUUGCACUGCCAUGUACUGGAGGCCAGAGAUCUUGCACCUCGGGAUAUCUCUGGAACAUCUGACCCUUUUGUCCGGAUAUUCUGCAACAACCAGACUCUGGAGACAUCAGUGAUUAAGCGAACACGAUUUCCACGAUGGAAUGAGGUGCUGGAAUUUGACCUUAGAGGAAUUGAAGAGUUAGAUCCCAGCGAUCAAAUGAUCAGUAUUGAGGUUUGGGAUUGGGACAUGGUUGGAAAAAAUGAUUUCCUGGGUCGGGUAUGGUUCCCCAUUGAGCCACUGCAUAAAAGCCCUGCUGUGACCAGCUGGUUCCGUCUUCUUCCUUUUGGGAACACAGAUGAAGAGAAUGGAGGGAAGCUUGGAUCACUGCGUAUUAAAGUGAGCCUUUCAGAAGAGAGGAUUCUGCCAUCACUCUACUAUCAGACUCUGAUUCAACUUCUUGUAGAAUCUGUUCAGUCCCCUGAUCAGGGUGACUGCAAUUUGUUGGCUCUCCUAGAGGAGAUUUGUUCUGCUGAGAGCCGUCAAGAAGUUGCUGUGAAACUGGUGAAAAUCUUCCUGGGACAAGGACUUGCUGUUACCUUCUUGGAUAAACUCAACCAGCGAGAGGUGAAGCGGACAGUGGAUCCAAACACUCUUUUUCGUUCCAACUCCCUUGCUUCAAAAUCCAUGGAACAGUAUAUGAAGAUAGUGGGAAUGCCAUUUCUUCAUGAAAUUUUGAGGCCAAUUAUUAGCAAGAUCUUUGAGGAAAAGAGAUACAUUGAGCUUGAUCCAUGCAAGAUUGAUUUGAAUCGCAGCAGACGUAUAUCCUUUAAGGGAUCAAUGUCUGAGCAUCACAUUUUGGAGAGCAGUCUGGAGACAUUGAGGGGCUACUUGAGUGACAUCAUUGAUGCCAUAUUGAGGUCGGUUGAGCAGUGCCCAUCAGGCAUGCGUCUUUGCUUCAAGCAACUACACAAAAGGGUGGAGGAGCAAUUUCCUGGAGCAGUCUACCAGGAUGUGAAGUAUGCGGCCAUCAGUGGUUUCCUCUUCCUACGUUUUUUUGCACCUGCCAUCCUCACUCCCAAACUGUUCCACUUGAGAGAGCACCACGCUGACCCCCGUACUGCACGCACCCUCCUGUUGAUUGCCAAGGCAGUACAGAGCAUUGGUAACUUGGGCCAGCAGUUGGGUUAUGGGAAAGAACAAUGGAUGGCCCCUUUGCAUCCCUUCAUUCAACAGAGUGUAGGUCGUUUGCGGGAUUUCCUAGACAGGCUCAUAGAUAUGGAAAGUGAGACAGUGGAACAGAUUGAAAAGAUGAAUAAAGCGCACAAGGGACUUCAGAGGAGUUUUUCUAAGUGUGGCCAGAUAUCUCGGACGCUGUUUCACCCAUCAGUUACCAUAAAGGAAGGCUUUUUACACAAACGGAAAGCCGAAGCUGUCAAUUUAGUGACUCGAUUUACCUUUAAGAAAAGAUACUUCUGGCUCAGCAGUCAGACUUUGUCCUAUUCUAAAUCACCAGAUUGGCAAGUGCGUUCUUCUAUCCCAGUGCAUCGGAUCUGUGCAGUUGAGAGAGUAGAUGAAAAUGCUUUCCAGCAUCCAAACAUGAUGCAAAUUAUCAGCCAGGACAGUGAGACCCAGGGAGGUCACAUUAUGUAUAUACAGUGCAAGAAUGUGAAUGAGUUGAAUCAGUGGCUCUCUGCCUUGCGAAAGGUCAGUUUGUGUAAUCAACGUCUGCUGCCAACCUACCAUCCAGGGGCUUAUCGCAAUGCCCACUGGACAUGCUGCCUGCAGACUGACCGUACAGUGCGAGGGUGUAGUCGAACUCAUUUGGCUGUGACUCUGGGGGACUGGAGUGAUCCAUUGGAUCCCGAUGCUGAGGCACAGGUUCUUUAUCGGCACCUACUUCUUUCAAAGGAUGUGCUCAGGGACAAAUACUUGGAAAACUCACUGAACGCAGAAAAGGCAGAAUGUAAGGGUCACAGCGAGAAGGGAUUUGCAGGUAUGGCAGUAUCCUCCCCAGCAAGAUGCCUGCUGUUCGCCAUUGAGGAUCUAGAAAGAGCUCACCAAGCCUUCGAAAAAAGGGAGAGGGAGGACACUCCUAUUCACAGUCACUGUACAUAGCAGAUCAAACCAAGCAGGCUGCUUCUGCUUUCUUUCCAUUCAAGUGAAUACAUGGCCAUAGGUUUUUUUGUAAUCUUGUGGAUUUUUUUCACUCAAACAAUAAAUAAAAAUUUGCUUGGCAGUUUA